AAAAACGUAACAGAUAACUUUUUUACAAAUACUGUUAGAAAGAAUCUUUCAAAAAUGAAAGGUAAUUAAUACAUUAGUCAUCUACACAAUUGUUUAAUUGGUAAAAUUCUAUUUUAGUAAGAAAAUAUUUGAUUGUGGUGAAUAUCUUGGACUACUAAUUUAGUAAAAACUGUCUUAUUUCAUGUGAAGUCGUACGAGACCACAAAUAUAGACAAUAUAUGUAUAUAGAUGGAGGUAAAGAGACCAAAUCUGGUGCCAAAUCAGUGUCUUAAAUGGUUCAAAUUUCUUUCUUAAUACUCUGCAUUGCAAUGUAAGCACAGGUGUAUGAAUGCAUGUAUAAAUUUUAUAUCUAGAUCCCUAACAUGGUUAAAUAUCAGAAUUGUCAUCGCGUCUCUUCUGAAAAUCUUCUGACUCUCUCUUCAUCGCCGGAAAAAACACCUUUCAUCCGUCGACGCAUAUUCAAGUCACUGGAGACAACAACGCCCACUUUUGUCCCGUGUAAUCUCUUUCGACAACCUUGAUUAAAAGGAUCCAAGUCUCGGCGUGGAAGCUUGCGUCUAAGCUUCAAAAGCCUCCUUCUCAACGCCAAGUCUCCUCGUCAUAACGCUUUAUCUAUUAGAUGGAGAGCAUAACGAAGUGGGACUUGGGAUCACUCCGAACUUAUUACUCCAUUGAACCUUGGGAGAAGUUUCAAGAAGAGGAGGUUCUAGACAUUAGCCUUGUUCCUCAACUUCAAGGGGAGUUAUGGAAGGCUCAAUCGAGAAUCAAAGAGCUCGAGGCCGAAAAGUAUGGAUCGUGUUUCAUAAGAAACCAAAGAUUUGAGAGAGAAAAAACUACUGAUCCAGCUGUUGACUACUUGAAGGAGAAGUUAAGCAAAGAGAGGGAAGAAAUGAAAAGAGCUAAAGCUGAGAAUUCUAGGUUAAAGAAGAAGAUUUUGAAUAUGGAAUCAUCAGUGAAUCGGUUGAGAAGAGAAAGAGAUACAAUGGAGAAAGUGUGCGAGGAACUGGUUACAAGGAUAGAUGAAUUGAAGGCGAAUGCAAGGAGGAUGUGGAACGAGACUGAGGAGGAGAGGGAAAUGUUGCAGAUGGCUGAGAUGUGGAGGGAAGAAAGGGUUAGGGUUAAGUUCACGGAAGCCAAACUUUCCUUGCAAGAAAAAUACGAGGAGAUGGACUUGUAUGUAAAUGAGUUAGAGAAGUGUUUAGAGAUGGCGAAAGAAGUAGGAGGUAUUGAUGAGAUGAGGCUAAGGAGAGGUGAAGGUUUAAUAAAGAUUGCGAGAUCUUUGGAACCUAUAGAUGAUAAGAUUAGAUUCUGAGAGAUUUGAGUUUGUGUCUGAUGGAGAUAUUGUUCAUCAACACUAAUGUAAUGUACUGUUGCAAGAAAAGUAUGAGGAGAUCAAUUUGUUUAAUGUCC